UAGAGGUAGAAACAAACAAUCACUUACUGAAAGGGUAGAGAGAGAAAUCUGAGAAUAGGGAUGUAUAAAACAACAAGGCAGAUGGAGUUGAUGGCUUGCAUUGAUUCCAUCUUAGAUAAACUGCGGCUGUUGGUUCCCCAGGGUGAUCUCUGCAAGUAUGAUCGUGCUUUGAAUGAGCUGAAGGUGGAGCUUGGGCUAGUGAAAACAUUCCUUCUGUGUCAGUGGAAAUUGAGAUAUCAAUUUGUUGGCCUGGAAGAUUCCGUUCGCGAAAAUGGGCAGCAGUUUUAUACUCUUCUUCUUGGAUUCGAGGAUGAUGGAUUGUCCCCCAGCGACUUGGCUGGAUCAGCUUCAACUUUUGGAGGUAUUCUAAAGAGUUUUAAGCAAGGAAUCAGGAAAUCGUAUGUCGAUAUUUCCAAUUCCUUAGCGAAAUCCGUCUCUGAGUCUAGAAUCCGAUUCAAUACAAGAGAUUUUUACGAAUGGACCUCUAUUUUUUGGGACGGUCAAUCAUACGGGUGUCGCAGUAUGUUGGAUCGCUUAUUGGCAUCCAGUUCUUCUUUGACAGAUGAGUUCAUGGAAUUCUUCCACUCCUUGCUAGAGAAUUUUGUGGACAUUCUCAAUUGGGGUGAAGCCUACGAUUCGGAACUUGAAAAACUGUUGGAGCCCUUGCAAGAGAAGCUAGUAUUCCUCAAAAAUUUCAUUCUCCUUGCUAGGUUGCAAGGCAAGCCCGAGCGGAAACUUAUGGAGCACUGUGGAGUUGUGGCUCUGUCUGCAGCCCAUCUUUGUCACAGCUGCUGGUUUUUCAGAGAUGACAAUGAAGUUUUUGUUGGAAUCAGCUCCAAGAUUGAUGAAGUAAAACAUCAGAUCAAGCCUAUUGUUGAACAAGUCCGUUUGGCUUAUAUCAGCAUCUUGGAAUCUGGGUCUUCAUCACUUGCGAUGUCCACCGAGGCGGAUAUGACUAUAGUGGGGGACUUUGUAGCUUCCCUCCUAGGUAAUCUUUGGGAGUUUCUCGUAAAGUGUCCUACCUGGUUUACUUCAUCCCUAAAGCAUCAAAUUCGGAUACUCUACGAGGGGCUGCGGUUCUUGAGAGGCAUUUUGAUGAAGCAGCAAGAGGAUUAUGAUGGGCUUCCUGGAGGAAUCAGGGAUCGAUUUGGGGCUGCGGUCAAUGAUGCUGGGAUUGUAAUUUUCUCACUAUAUCAGGACAGUAUCCGGGAAGCUUCAGCCGUGGAAAUAGAUCUUAAGCUCUUUUGUUUACUGGAGAAGAUCAAGCUUGUUAAGGCAGAAAUUGAGAAAAAGUAUCCUGUAGCAUCAAGGUCCAAAUUUCCUCCAACCAAUGCACUAGAGUUGGUCGAUCUUGUUCUAGAAAAGUUGAAGGAACUUGAAAGCUGCGAAGUUGAUCCAAUAUUUUCUUUUGCAAAGGGUGGAGUUGACUUCUUAAAUUCAUACUUGAACAAGAUCCAACGCCCAAGAGUUGACCGACCUUUUCCCAUUAGGUCUCCCGGGGUACCAUAUGGGGCGCCACUCCGACCUUGGGAGAAAAACACCUCGGACGUUGAUGUGGAGCAGCGGAUCAAGCUUGAAAAGCUCCAACAUAAAAAGAUGCAAGCUGAUGCCCCAUUCUUAACGUCAUUCUUGGAGAAUAAUUUGGAGCAGCACAUCAAGAAUGAAAAGCACCAACUUCAGACGAUGAAAGGUGAUCUUGUAUCUUUAAGAUCAUUAUUGGAAGAAAAUGGGGAGCAACACAACCAUCACGAAGAUCCCCAUGCCCUUUGGAGUCAUGUUAUAGAGGUUGCAUACAAGGCAGAGUUUGUCAUCGAAUCCUUAUUAGCUGGAGAUAUCUCAUUCUACUCUCUGAUGUUAUUUGAUGAUAUUGCACGAGAAAUUAAGCUCGUCAAAAGCCUAGUUGAGGAAGCUACCAAGAUUCCGAGGCACGUGACAUCACAAGCAAGAAGCCAGACGAGUGGAGCGUCCGACCAGGUGUCAUCAUCGGUUUGUAUCUCAGCAGUCGAUAAAGCUGAGGUGGCCUUGCAGGAUGAGGAGGACGCAGUAAUUGACAAACUUAUAAAAGGUCCAAAGCAGCUGGACAUCAUCUCCAUUGUGGGUAUGGCUGGACUGGGCAAGACGUUUUUGGCACGAAGAGUUUACCGUGAUCCUAAAGUUACAUCUCACUUCCAUAUUCGGGCAUGGUGUUGUAUCUCCCAAACAUAUUGCAAGAAAGAUUUGUUGCUUCAGAUUUUGGCUUGCAUUAACCAGAAAAUUCAAUUUUAUGAGAUGAACCAAGAUGAUUUGGCUGACAAACUCCGUAAAUGUUUGAGUCAAAACAAAUAUCUCAUAGUUCUGGAUGAUGUUUGGGACACCGAGGCAUUGAAUGCUUUGAGAUUAUCGUUCCCUGAUCACACAAUUGGGAGCAGAAUUCUCUUAACAAGUCGAGAUCAUGGGAUUUGUGGUACACCUCACCGACUUCGGCCACUUGAAGAACCAGAAAGCUGGGAUUUACUACAGAAGAAGCUGGCAAUUAUUAGAAAAAAGGGCUACGCUCCAGAACUGGAAGUUCCUGGGAGGCAAAUAGCAGAAAAUUGUAAAGGGCUGCCUCUAUCAAUUGUCAUCAUAUCUGGAAUUCUUGCUGGUCUUGAUCGAGUUGGUUGGGAAGAAGUUGCAGAAAGGCUGAAUUCAAACAAGAAGAUUGGUGCCACAGACCAGUGCAAGAGUAUAUUAGAGCUCAGUUAUGUACAUCUACCUGAACAUUUGAAGCCAUGCCUUAUUUACUUUGGAGCAUUCAGCGAAGAUCAAGAAAUUUCAAUCCAGAGGUUGAUGUGGUUGUGGAUCGCCGAAGGAUUUGUGCAGAAAAAUGAGUCAGAGAGCCCAGAAAAAAUAGCAGAAGGCUAUAUAAUGGCUCUAGUUAACAGAAGCUUGGUUAUGGCGGGGAGACAAAGAUCCACAGGUGGGGUCAAGACGUGCUUCAUCCAUGAUUUGUUGCACGUAUUUUGUUUGGAAAAAGCCAAAGAUCAAAAUUUUCUGCAGUUGAUACGAGGUUACGAUGGAUUUCUCAAACUUGAUGAGUCACAGCACCUGCGUCGACUAUCCGUUCAGUCUCAACCAAAGCAUUUUGUGAAAUCAAGGAUAUUUUGUCCCCGUAUACGCUCUCUACUACAUGCUUCUCGUGGGGUUGGGAGCCGUGAAGUGUUGUACCUUUUAUCCUUCGUUUUUCACCUAAAACUUCUAAGAGUCUUGGAUUUGGGACAAAUUAGUCUAGGUACUGCUUUCCCGAGUGAAAUAAGCUUGCUCGUCCGGCUGAGGUUCUUGGCAAUUCUAGGUUGGCUCAAGGGCGACAUUCCAUCCUCACUAGAAAGACUCUCAAAUUUGGAGACUUUUUUAGUGACAACACAUGAUUCUGGUGUCGGUCUCUCUUUACUGCAAGAUACUUUAGUGAAAAUGCAGAAAUUGAGGCAUCUACAUGUACGUGGUGCUUUGAUCGAUCUUAGGUUGGCCAAUGACGACACUCAUUGCUCCUCCAGAUUAUGCAGUUUAGAUACAUUUUCCACUUUAAAGCUUUAUCUGGGGAAAAGCUUGGAAAAGACGAUUAUGAAGUUUCCAAAUAUCCGCAAGCUAAAAUGCUGUCUCUUGCCAUCACCAUCAGAAGAAUCCACUAGUGACAGCAACAUGGUCCUGGCAAUGCACCUUCUGAGUCAACUAGAAUCACUAAAGCUGCUUCUAGGUAAAGUGACUGCACAUCCCAUCGAAGUUCAUCUCCCCUCGAAUCUUAAGAAGUUGACACUGGAGGACUUCUCAUGGAGCAUAAUGUCCGCAAUCAGAAACCUACCAAAUCUCGAGGCUCUUAAAUUAGUCCGACAAGCUGAUGGGGUAAAGGAGUGGGACAUGGAAGGCAUGGAAGAAGAAGAAUUCUUCCCAGCACUCAAGUUCUUGAAAUUGAAAGAUUUGAGCAUUGGCAAAUGGAUGGGAUCAGGAGAUCACUUUCCCAGUCUUGAGAGAUUAAUGAUGGAAGGUUGUGCAGAGUUGGAAGAGCUCCCUUCUUGUUUACAGGAAACUUUAACUCUUCAAUUCAUUGAGGUGCGUGGAUGUCUCUUUUCUGCCGGGGAUUUAGUUCGAGACAUUAAGCAACAGCAGAGAGACUAUGGAAAUCAGGAUCUGAAAAUCCUUAUCUCAGAAGAAAUUGAGGAGUCAGAUGGAGAUUCAGAUGGAUGGUGAGGGUAAACAUCAUGGGCUUCAAGUGCUACUAUCUUCUGUAUGGUUUUGCUGAGAAUGGUGUAAUAUUUUUCGUUGUAUUGCAUGUAUAUGUUGCAAUGUAUCAAUAUCAAAUGAAUAUCUUACUUUAUAAAAUUGAUUAUGAAAAUGCCAAUGAUGGAUA